UAACAAACAGUACUUACUUCUUGCCAACUUAUACUUAUUAAAUUAUAUCUGUGUCAAAAAUUUGUGCUUUUCGCCAAAAAUAUGGCCGUGGAUUACGAAAAAGACGCUUCCGUAAACAAUCUGAGAAAUUUUCUCAGGAUUCGCUCAGUACAUCCUAAUAUCGACUAUGCGGAAUGUCUAACAUACCUUCGAGGCCAGGCUUCAGAACUGGGACUCCCUGUGCAAGUCUUCGAGCCUGUCGCCAAGAAACCGAUCCUGGUGAUGACCUGGGAAGGUCUGGAGCCGACUCUACCAAGCAUCCUGCUCAAUUCUCACAUGGAUGUAGUUCCUGUUUUCGAGAAGAGCUGGACAUACCCCCCUUUCGAAGCGCGUCUGGUAGACGGCGUGAUCUACGGACGAGGAGUGCAGGAUAUGAAAGCCGUUGGCGUCAUGUACCUCGAGGCUGUCAAGAGGUUGAAGAGCAAGGGGCUGCGGUUUAAGAGGACCAUCCAUCUUUCGUUUGUGCCAGACGAAGAAGUAGGCGGCCUCAAAGGGAUGGGGGAGUUCGUGAAAACUGAGGACUUCAAGAGACUGAACGUGGGGUUCUCCCUGGACGAGGGCCUGGCCAGCGCCGGCGAGGAUUAUCACGUCUACAACGCUGAGAGGAGUAUCUGGCACAUGACGGUCAUAUGUCCGGGAAAGUCUGGACACGGCUCCCUGCUGCUCCCCGACAAUAAUGGAGAAAAGAUCCGGUACAUCAUCGACAAGUUCAUGGACCUUCGCCAGGAGUCGAAGAACAAGCUGAAGGCUGACAGCUCCCUCACCAUCGGCGACGUCACCACUGUCAACCUCACCAUGCUUCAUGGAGGCAUUCAGAACAAUGUGAUUCCUGAAAAACUGACAGUCAGUUUCGACUUACGCUUGGCCACCUCCGUCGACCAUCAGGAGUUUGAGAAUAUGAUAAAACGCUGGUGUUCCGAAGCCGGUGCUAACCUGAGCUACGAGUUUGAUCAGAAGGACCCUUACGUGGGGCCCACCAAGGUCGAUGACUCCAACCGGUUCUGGGUCGCUUUCAAGGGGGCUUUCGACAAAUUAAAACUCCCGCUGAAGACACGCACAUUCCCCGGAGGGACAGACAGCCGCUACAUCCGUGAGAAGGGUAUCCCAGCGCUGGGCAUCACCCCCUUCGCCCUCACCCACCCGCAGAUACACGAACAAGACGAGAGUCUGAGGGUGGAGGCGUUUUUGCGCGGAAUAACCAUUUAUGAAGAGGUUAUACCGGCACUGGCUAACGUUAAACACGAUUAAAGUUUCUUUUAAAUUCAAAAGAUUUUCUUGAAAACACACACGGAUACGAUUUUCUUUAAACUAAUACAGGUAUUUUGAUUUUUAACCGUUUUCAAAAAAGGUUCCUACCCCUCCAGGAAAAAGGCGUGAUUUUAUGUAUGUAUGUAGUAUGUUUCUUAUCUUUAUUUUAUAUUUUAAGCUAGGUAUGGACCUAACUUAAACAAUAUAUAACAAAGUAUAUAAUCAUUGGUCUUUUACUACUACAUUUUGUUAAAGUAUAUUUACUAAAUUUUUACUAUUUCAUUACUUUAUUCUAUACCUAACCUACAUAAUAUAGAUGAAACUAUAUUACUAUCAACUAAAAAUAAAUACUAAUAACCUUGAAUUGCUUUGAA